AUGGGUGACCAGGUCGGCCUGCGGUUGACCGAGGCCCGUCUUGGGCGACUAGGCCGACCGAUGGGUGGCCGGGUCGGCCUACUGGGGACUGAGGUCCAUGUGUGCGACCAGGCCGACCGACGGGUGUUUGAGAACGAUCCAUAUCGGUACUGUUCAACUGGUACCGUCGAUCGGUAUGACCCCGUUAGUGGUAACCUUAACCACUCAUCACAGUUGGAACCAACGACCUCUCUCGCCUUGUCACCUCCAGGCAUUCGGUCCCUUUCCCGCCCGCGAGGUCUCAUGUCCAUCCGGCUCCUCGUCCCUAAAGUCCAACAGUUUCGAAAACUCGGUUCACCACAAAGUCCAGCUAUUCAGACUUCCAACACUCUGCCGGAAUCUGAAGAGGCUGCAAGGGUGCGUGGGACUAAGGACUAG